ACGACUUCCGGUAACUUUUUCCCAUCGGGAUCAACCAAUAAUUUAGGCUUAACGUUAUAUUGUAAAUAAAUGUUUUCUUCGCAUGUUGAAAAAUUUAAAAUUCUCAUUUUGAACAGAAAUUGGUCAUUCAAGCGCAAGGGCCACUCUUCAUCGUAAAUUUUAGGAACAAAGAAUUUCUAUCGGGAUCAAAAUUCAAAAUUAAUUAUACAGAAAAUGUUUACCUCAGGACAGACCUAAAUGCAGCACAACUGUAGUUUCGGAAUGCCUCAACAAAAAAGGGUGACAUAGGAUAAUGACAGAAAACCAAAUAGAAGCCACACAAUCAUGUUCAAUAAAACUAUCUGGAAUCAGAACUUUGGAAACAACAAUAAGAAGGAAUGAUCUAACCAAAUUAUCAUGUCCCUGAGGGUUCAUCUCCUAUUCAACCUACCCCAAUACCCCAUAACAGGGAUUUCAAUUGUGUUGAUUUUUGUUGGGGUAUGUAGCGUUGCAGCCUCUGUGUUUGGAUUCAUUGAAGUAAUAUGGGGCAGUUACAUUGCUGCGGGUGCAUGGGGUGGAGGCAUGGCUGUUGUAACGGGACUUUAUGGAGCAGGAGCAGCAUACAGCAAAGGAGUGCAUGCCGUUAUGUCUUUCACAAUUGUGGCAUUCUUUUGUUGUUUGGUGUCUGCAGGUCAAGGUGUAAUGUCAGCAGCUGGUCUGGAUUUCAGUAGUGGAUUUUAUUCCAAUGUGGAUUUGUUUAAAGAUAGUAAUGGAGGAAUGACUAAAUUGAUUCAUGCCAUUCUAUUGGGAACAGCUGGAUUGCAAUUCAUUCUUGCACUGAUUUUAGCUGUUAUUUGUACCAGGCACAUGUGUAUUGGUCGGAAGCGAGAAAAAGCUAAUCAGAAAAAUCUGCUAUAUGGAUCUAGCCCUUUCCAGCGUGGAAAUGAAAGAGCAAGUUCCUCCAGUCAAGCUCCUUUAGUUUCUGGUUCAGGGAGAAAAAAAGGAAAGAACAAAAGACAAAAGAGUAAUCCACGAGAACAUCAUGUAUCCAAUCCAAAUCAAACUCCAACAACCCAUCAUCAAACUUUUACUGAUUCUGAACCCAAAGUAAGAGGACGAAGAUUUGGAAAUAUGCCUGUAGCAGGAGCUAAUAUAGUGGAAGCACAAAAUUUUAGUAGAAAUAACAGUAGAAAUUCAUCAGUUCGUGGCCACAGAGGAGUUACAAAUGCUAAUGACUCCAUAAGGUCAUCAAGAAGGAGACAACGACCACCCUUACCGUUACAGGGCUCCCGCUAUGACCAUGAAACACAAGGAUUGUUGACACAAGUUCAGAAUAAAUUGGCUCUAGAAUCUGGUGAUACGAGUUUUAUUGAUGACCCUGCUCGAGAAAUAUUGAUUGUCCCAAGAGCAUCUGUUUCUGAAUUUGACUUAUUGGAGGAUGUAGUAAUAAAUGAAAGCAGAAGAUCUUGUGAGCCUUCUCCCAAUUUCAUCCCAAUCACGGAUACUCACAAUAAUCCAGUAUCAAUUGAAGAUGAUGAUGAGUUGCCCCCUUACGAAGAAACUGUGAUGCCUAAUGUAGAAGGGACACACAUUUCUGUGUCAUCACUGAGAAAUAACACAGAGGAAGAAAUCAACGAUCUGGAUAACUUUGACAGACAAAGCAAUUCACUGUCUUUUAAUUCUGACUUACAUUCAUCUUCAACUUUUAGAUCUGAGGAAAAGCAGUCAAACAAUGGAAGCAGAAGGCCUGUUUCUUAUUUUGAUGAGCCACAAACCCCAAAGCAAAGGGAGAGAAGUUAUACACUGGGAACUUUGCCAUUAUCCCAAACCCAUUUGCUUGAUCCGCUUAGAGAAAAAUUCAUGCAGGAUUAUUUCUUUACAGAGCAGGAUCCUCAAGGGGUAUCUUACUGUGAAAUUUCACGGGAAGGAGAUAAAAUUAUUGAGCAAAUGAAACCAAAGCAAAAUGGUGACUCUAAGUACAGUGUGGAAAGAGCUCUGCAAAGAGAAAAUUCUCUAAAAAGUACAAGAAAACCUGGUGAAGUUUCUGAAUCUAAAAGUAAUGAUUUCUGUUAUCCAAAACCAUUUUUCCCAGGAGAAAUUGAUCCCCGACGACUCUCUAAAGCCUCAACUGUUUCUUUGCCUGCUGGAUUUGCCCCUCCAAAACCACCAAGAAUAUUUACUGUGGAAAUGAGUUCUUUACAAUCUCCAUUGAAUGAGAGUCAAGAAUUAGCAAAACCUGAUGAAAGAAAACCAGUACAACCAUUGAAAAUUGACUUGAGUCAAGUUGUUCUUAGAAGGAAAAAAACAAGUUCACAGCCUCCUUUUAAUGAUGCUUCAGGAACACAGCCUGUUCCACGUGACUUAUCAAUGGAAGCAACAGAACCAAGGAAACCAAAAUAUGAUGUAGAUGCAUUUACUCCUCUUACUAUUAAAACAUCCCAUGACCCAUUUUCUUCAUUUUCCCAAACAAAACCAUAUGCUCAGUCAUCUCCAAAGCUGAAAAAUUUUGAGCAAUUAACUCUUCCAACAACAUUGCCUUGUUUAUCACCGGUUUCCAACACCAUUGACCAAGAAAAGGAAAGUUUGUUAUCUGAGAAUUUAGAAAAAGACAAUAGUUUCUAUGAAGACAGAAAUGAUGUAAAGUCAACAGAGAAGAAAAGGAAGAAACUGGAUGUGAAGAGAAAGGAUCCUCAUCCAUUAUCACUCUUGCCAUACCUUACCAGAUCAGUGUCAGAGUUCACUAAUGGUAACAGCAUCCAGGGUAUGGACAGGUCAGGAAAAAGAAAUGUAAAACAAAGAGAACAACAUGGCUCAGAUCAACCUUAUCAGGAAGAUUCUGAUGAGGAUCUGAAGAAAUUUCUUGGAAUACAGUCUAGUGAUAAAAACAGUCAUUCUGAUGAAAUCAGUUUAAGUGAAGUGGGUUUAAAGCCGUGCAAUUUCAAAAAUCUAGAAACUGAAGUAAACAAAAACAGUAAAUCAAGUUUACCUUCUGAGAAAGCUGAAGCAAAUCCAAGUGUCUUAAAGGAUCACUUAAAAGGUCAAUCCAUGCCAUAUAUCCGUGAUUCCAAACCAGUUUCUAGUCAAAAUAACAAUGCAGCAAGGGAAGUGAGGACCCAGUCUCAAGUGGAAUGCAGCCUGCCAUUUGGAUCUUCAUCAACACCAGAGAGUGCUGUCAAUGAAAAUGAGGGUAGUAUAAAUCAUAAUCAGCAAACCCAACCCUCUAUGUCAAGAGGAAAACCUAUUUAUAGCAUUCUGCUAUAACAUAAAAAAUGGUUGCUCGUGUUUUAAAUGUUUAUUGAAAUUUACUUUGGUGUUGCUUAAUGUAGUUUUAAUACAGCUACAACCAUCCAUUAUGGUUUUUGUUUAGACUGGAAAAAUUUAGUUGUUUUGUUAUUGAUCUCAGUGGUGCAAUAUGAGAUAUAAUAAGCAUGCUUGUAUUUUUUUUAUCGAGUCAUGCAUUUAACUGAAGACAGAAAAUGCUUGUUGUGAAUUGUGCCUUUCACAGAUUGGUACUAAUAUGUAUAUUUUGCUGGAAGUUCCUAUUUACAAAUAUGACUUUGCUUUUUGAUAUAUUUAUAAUUUAUUAGAAAGCUUAAGUAUACUUUUUUAAUGCAAUUUGUAUUGUUAGUUAUUUUGAGAUUUAUUUUUAAAAGUUGUGAGUUUGUUAAGUUAUAAAUAAAUGUUUAUGAUGCAAUGCAUCUUUAUUUGUUUACCAUUCCUAAUCAUUUUACAGAUGAUAAAAAAUUGACUACAGAAGUAAAUAUUGUGACA